ACCGAGCUCCGUACUAUACGACUGCACUCUCUCAGUGAAACUCUUGGAGGAUCGUUCCACGGCUACCCUGUACCCUCCUUCUCUCCCAACCGUGCGCCAUGAGGAUUAUAUCUUUGGUAAUCCCAUUAUGCCUGUUACUAAUAACAGAAGCGAAACGAGCGGAUCUCCGGCCUCGUAUCGCGGAACCGCAAGUUUAUUACGAAGAGGACGACAGCCAGGCAGCCGAGGACGAUUAUAGCCCAGCGGUGUAUCAACCGCGUACACGUGCCCUUCCUUCGCCACGUUCGAAGGACGCGCUGCACUCAUCGAAGCCGCCGCCUGUCCAAACCAUUCGCAAUUACAACAAGGUGAACGACGACGGAUCUUUCACUUUCGGCUACGAGGCAGCGGACGGCUCGUUCAAGGAGGAAACUCGUGGUACCGAUUGCGUGGUGCGCGGCAAAUACGGCUACAUCGAUCCUGACGGCAAUAAAAGGGAGUUCACGUACGUGUCCGGCAAUCCGUGCGACCCGAACGCGCCCAAGGAGGACGAGGACGACCUGGCCGACAAGCAGGAGGAGGACGACAUCUCCGGCCCUGCCAAUUAUCCUUCCGUGAGGCCGAUACCGGUGAGACCUGCGGCCAGGCCGGCUUAUCAACAGCCCACCACGCCCAGGCCACCCACCACCAUAUUCCAAACGCAGUACCAGUUGGACGACGACGCCAGCCAAGAGUUGGGCGACGAGGACUUCGUGAAACCGUCCCAAUUGAGAGGCAGCGGUUACAGAACGGCCCAGCAACCGGCCUACGUCCCGGUCACGCCGUCCACGGCUCUCUACGAGCCGUCGCCCACCGCCAACCCUGCCCUCUACAGACUAGCCUCCUCCACCACGCAAUACCAGAGCACGGCCUCGCCCGUUCUUCGUGGCCAACCGAGCAUCUCCUCCACCGCCUACCAAACCCUCGAGACGACGACCCGCCGCCCUGCGACCCACCACCCGAAGCCGCAGUCGGUCGCAAUCACCCCUCGACCCCACGUUGCACAAGUCGCCGCCCAGUACGUGUCCCCGAGUAGCACCGAGCGUCCAGCGUCGUUAUCGUACACCCGACCCUCGUCGCCGGUCACCGUCACGCCCAAUCUGCGCACCAGCACCGCAUCCACCACGUCCCACCUCGACUUCGCCGCCGAGCUCGAGCGUUACGUGAACACUGUCGGCGUGUCGAGCCCCAAGCAACCGCCCCAAUCGGCCAAAGUAAAAUUAGCCGGGCAACCGGCGAUCGCAGCCUCCAUCCCGGCCGCGGACCCCAUCUACCAGUCGGAGCUCGUAUACGAUCCCGCCACCGGUCAGUACAACACCCAACUAUAUCAAUCGCUACCCCAAACCGUGGGCGACUUCACCCUAAGUCACAAACUCCAACCGUUCGUAGCCCAGCCCCAGUCCUAUCUCGGCCUCCAGCAGUUGCAGCAGAUCCAGCCCCAACAGCCCCAACGCCAGUCCCCGCUUUAUAAGCAACCGGCGGCCGCUCCCCAGCCGUCCGCAACCGUCAACCAACCCCAGGAAGUGUUGUACAGGAAGCAACAGGCCCAACUGUUGCAACAGUCGCAACAGCUCUACGCCCAACAGCAGAGACGGCAGCAGCAGCAACAGCAGCAACAAUCGACACCGCAGUCGCACAGGCUUCAACUGCUCGAGUCACAGACGCAACCGCAGUCCUUUUACUACGUAGCGCCUGCGAGGUCCUCCAACUCGGCCAGCGCGCCACUUUCCGUAGGUCAGAUAGAUCACUAUCUUCGAGCCACGGCCGGCCGUUAUUGAUACUUUGAUUAGCUUACGAGUCUUCUUUUUUUUUUCUUUCGAAUUUAUAUAUAUAUAUAGGGUAUCUUUUUGAAAUUUCUUUUUUUGUACUAUUCGAUUACCGGUUUCGGACCACCCGAACUCGCGGCACUUUAACAACUAGAUGGUGCUGUCAGUGGGCCUGGCGCUUACGUAUCCGGGAUGUGUUAAUAAUUGAAUUCGCUCGUUUCGUUCAAGGUUGUCGAGAAAUUUUUUUCUUUUCCAUGAUUAAUUGGACUUGGUCUUUAGAGUAGGAUAUUCUAUUUGGAUACGUGUUACGAGUCGUGUUAUCUUUUUUUUUUAUUUUAACCUCGAUGAUUUGCCAAUUUAACAUUUUUUUCUAGGAUAACUCUUUCUUAACGAACAAUAUUUAACACAAUUGUGAUUAACGAAAGUAUUUACUCUUAUCAAGUAACUUAUGAUGCGAAUCUAAUGAAAUUCGAGUACAUUAUUUAUUUAUUUCUAACACGUACGUGUUUCGAUUUUAGAAUAAUUGCUUCUCGCAUUAACGACAUUUCCAUGGACAUUUGCAUAAAUUUACGACGAUUACGAUUUUGCUCGAAGUAGAUUCGACGCUAACAUUGUGAUAGAACUGACUUUCGAAAUCGUUAUUCAAACUUUCUAAAAAAGUUUAUAAAAUUUCAUACAAAUGUAACAAUUUCACUUGUAAAGGAUAAAGAUAUUCGAUUUUCCAAUUCUGAUUUCUCAAAACUAGUCCAUUUCGUAAUGAAAUUCAAAGAACUCGAUUAAAAUUAAUAAUGACAUUGUUGAUAAUGUUAUCUAAUUAACGAACCAAUUUUCAGCCUCGAAAUUAUAUUCUUUUUCUUUCUUUCUUUUUUUUUUUUUCUUUUCGUUUCGAGAACGACUAUCAUUAGAGAGUGAAAGUCAAUGACCUGACGCAAUAUAUACUCACGCACACGAAACGCACAUUACCAUAGUAAUUUCUCGUCGCGUCUAUUCAUACUGUAACAUUGCAGAUUCCGAACGCCAUGACCGGAAUUAUUCAUCGUGUGCUCACGAUCGUUUCGAAUAGAAUCCCGACCUACGUGCUCGUUCGAUUACAAAAUGCGAAUCCGUAGGAUUGAACCGGAUAAAUGUUUACCGUUUGUACAACGUUUAAUCACACCGACACACGCCGUUUCCCAGGGAAAUGAUUCAUAGGAAAUACGUAAGAAAUUGACGAGGGAAUUAAUUACAAAAUCGACUUGAUACUUUGCACGAUUUACGACCUGUUUAUCCUGAUCAGAAAAUGAUGGAUUGAAUUUUUUACAAUUUUUUUAACAAAUUGGAAAAAUUAAAUUUUCAUUCGAAUAAGUAGAAGUCUUAAUCUUAAUCGAACGCUUAAAUUUUCAAUUAAAUACAUAGAAUUCUAAUAUACAUGCAAUAAAUUCAUUCCUUCGUACGAUUAAAGCCAGUAGCAUUAAGUAAUAUAGUAAAAUAUGAAGAAGCGUGUAAGUGGAUAGACUGGUUCGUAAUCCAAGACUCAGACGUACAACAGAAAUCAACUUGACUCUUUUUCUUCAUUGAACAAAAGUUCGCGUAAUUUCUAGCUUCGAAAUGAGAUAUCUUAGGAAAUAUCUAAAUUAACAUUACAUCGGUUAAACUUGCCCAAACCAAACGGUUGAAACGCUACAUAACAGAGAUUGCAGAGACACGUACAGAUUAUCCACGCAACUCGAUAUUACGUAGAAAGAAAGAACCAGAACCGCUUCAUCCGCGUUUCUACGAUAAAUAAAAUUCCGAAUUCAUCGACUUUCACCCUGUCCAUCAUACGAUAUUUCCGCCAGUGAAGUCCGCGUUUAUCGAUUCGAAACCUCGACGCGAGACGAUCAAUCGUCGAUCGAAAUUUAAACCAACCGGGUUCAAGAUUCGGUUUAAAAUUUUGCUUCAAUAGGGAGAUUAAAUUCUACGAGGAUAAACGUGGCAUUACUUUCAUUGGCGUGGUCCGCGGAGCACAUUCUACGCUCUCGAACAGGGCGAACAAAACUUUCUAUUUUGCAUUCCCUGUCGCAAGUGUGAGAAUCGAUUCGAAUCUGAAUCCUACGACUCGAUUCCGUGGAAAGCUAUGCGAUCACGUAUCACGUGGAAACACGUGGAUCGAGAGGCGUGGAUCGAUAUGAAUCACGUGAAAAUAUUUCACACGCAUCGACACGACUCGUUCCGUAUCGAUGAUAUAUAUAUAGGAUUUUUGAAGAAAUAUUUUCCCCGAUACGCGACGCCAGGCCGACGAUCGUCAACUUCGUUAUAUAUUUAUCGUGUAUCUAUUUAUUAGUUGUAAGCUCUUUUGAAACGAAGAGUGAGUAAAAACGGAACGUUGUACCGUUUAAUCGAGACGAGGAUACAAGGGAUGGGCGUCUCGAGAAAAUGAACGCGGAUCUAGCGCAAUUAUGUAACGUUGUACAGUAAAACUCUGUUUAUGCGAAAGAUGAGGAUUCAGGUAUCUUAUUAAUAAGUUAAAAUUUUAUACAAAGUUUGAUGAGUUUUUUUUUUUAAUAUUU